AUGUCAUGGUUGAAAAAGCAUAAUCCCCAAAUAUCAUGGGAAAAACAUACACUUGUUUUCAACUCGUUAUAUUGUUCCAAUAAUUGUCUGUCUGUACCUGCUGUCUUAGAACUCAAGGCAGUAGAAGAAAUGCCACUUCCUUAUCAAGAAUUUUCCAAGGUCUUCUCUGAGGAAGAAUCAUCCAAAUUGCUGCCCCACCGUCCUUAUGACAUUUCUAUUGAGUUGCUUCCUGACACAAAACCCCGGCAUGGACCCAUAUAUAGUCUGGGCCCAAGGGAAGAUGCAGAACUAAAAGAGACCAUAGAGAAACAACUUAAGGCCGGCCUGAUUUGCCCCUCCAAAUCUUCUAUGGCUUCCCCAAUUCUAUUUGUCAAAAAGAAGAAUGGGAAACUACGCAUCAUGACCAAGAAGAAUGUAUAUCCUCUACCAUUGCCACAAAACCUGAUUGAGAAACUACAAGGUGCAAGGAUUUUUAGUAAAUUUGAUCUCAAGGCCGGAUACAACUUAGUCCAAAUUAAGGAAGGCAAUGAAUGGAAAACAGCCUUCAAAACCAAAUAUGGACUGUUUGAAUACUUGGUUAUGCCUUUUGGGUUGACAAAUGCACCGGCAGCUUUCCAGGACAUGAUGAACAAGAUAUUCAGGGACCUUCUGGACGUAUAUGUUAUUAUCUAUCUGGAUGACAUCCUAGUAUUCUCCCUAAAUGAAAAAGAUCACAAAGCCCACGUGCGAGAAGUACUCAGGAGAUUACAGGACAACAAUCUCUUCUGCAAUAUCAAAAAAUGCCAUUUCCACGUCAAGAAAAUCGAUUAUUUAGGGUUUAUUAUAUCCGAAUUUGGCAUAGAAGUUGAUCAAUCUAAAGUCACGGAUGCAUUGAAUUGGUCAACACCUAAGAAUGUCAAAAAUAUCCAGGAAUUCUUAGGAUUUGUGAACUUCUAUAGACAAUUCAUCCCCAACUUUGGCAAUAUGGCACAACCCUUGUACAACUUGCUCAAGAAAGAUAGUCCUUGGAAAUGGGAACACGCGGAACAACAAUCAUUUGAUGGUCUUAAAAAAUGUCUUACUUUGGCACCCUUGCUUUUGCAACCUGAUACCACAAGACAGUUCUAUGUAGAAUGCAACGCAUCAGAUUAUGCAACAGGAGCCAUAUUAUCCCAACGCAAUCCUGAAGGGAAACUGGCCCCUGUAGCUUACUUAUUGAAAUCCCUGUCCCCUGCUGAAAAGAACUACAAUAUUUUUGACAAAGAACUGUUAGCAGUCAUUAGGGCAUUUAAAGAAUGGCGCCACUUGUUAGAAGGAUCAGAAUUACCAGUUCAAGUUCUAACGGAUCACAAGAACUUGGAGUAUUUUUCCACGUCUCAAUCCCUGAACAAAUUACCCCUUGAAGGGGGGGUAGAGAACCAAGUUCUCCUGAAACCGGAACUUUUCAUUGCAUCAAUCACUCCGGAUCAGGAAAUCAAUGAUUUAAUUGGCAAAGCCAUUUACAAGGAUGAUUGUCUAAAGGAAAUUCUGCUCAAACUCCAGAACAAGGAAAAGGUCUUGGAUUGCAAAUUAAGAGAAGGAUUACUAUGGUAUCAAGGAAAAAUCUUUGUACCUAAAGACAAUACUAUUAGGAACCUUAUCUUAGAAUCUAGGCAUGAUGCUUUAGUGGCAGGGCACCCAGGACAAGCCAGGACAUUAGAACUUGUUUCCAGGAGUUACUACUGGCCAUCGCUGAAAAAGUUUGUCAAUUCUUAUGUCAGCCACUGCAAAACCUGCAUCAGGUCCAAGCCAACAAAUCAAUUACCUGUAGGCCUGUUAAAACCAUUGCAAAUUCCUGAACGCCCCUGGGAAGACAUUGCUUAUGAUAUGAUUGUGGGACUACCAGUUUCAGAAGGUUUUGAUGCUAUCCUGACAGUGAUUGAUUGA